AUGGACGGAGACUGGGAUGAGGUCUCCCGAAUUCCAUUCCCGCCCCCGGGCGUCCACGCAAUGCCGACGCCGGUAACCACGAUGACCUUUGACAGCUCGCAGGAGCUGCUGUGGACCGGCAAUGACUACGGUCGCGUCACGUCCUUUCUGGGCUCCGAGCUCCAGAGGUAUACCUCAUUCAAGGCGCACUUGACCCCCGAUGGUCCAGUUCGACAAAUACUGGUCAAUGACAAAGGUGUCGUGGUUCUCGGCUCCAAGGAUGUUCACAUGGCGUUGAGGAGGGGCCCGCCGAUAUGGCAUAUUCGACAUGACGACAUGAAGGAUUUACGAUGCAUGAGUUUUACAUCGAAAGGCACCGCGGAGAUUAUUGUUGCUGGUCUGCAAGACAAGAUGCUUGUCAUUGACCUCAAUAAGGGCGAGGUUGUCAAACAGAUACCCACUGAACACCAGUACUCCAUCAUGAAGCGCGGACGGUAUAUCUGCGCGGCGACUAAGAAUGGCUCCGUGAAUUUGCUGGACCCCGUCACUUUCGCUGUGGUAAAAUCCUGGAACGCACACUCGGCAUUGAUCAACGACAUGGAUGCCCAGCACGACUUCAUCGUGACCUGUGGUUACUCCCUGCGCCAAGGACAGAACUACAUGCUGGAUCCGUUCCUCAACGUGUUUGACAUCAAGAAGAUGUCGUCGAUGCCGCCUAUCCCUUUUCCCGCCGGAGCUGCGUACGUUCGGAUGCAUCCGAGGAUGCUCACCACUAGCAUCGUUGUCUCACAGACGGGGCAAAUGCAUGUGGUCGACCUGAUGAACCCAAACACCAGUAACGUCCGCCAAGCAAAUGUCCUCACCUAUUUAAGCAUGUUCGAGAUUGCUCCCUCUGGCGAGGCCAUUGCCUUGACGGACCCGGAGUGCUACAUACACCUCUGGGGAUCACCCUCGAAGCUCCAUUUCGUGGACCUCCCUACACCGGUAGAGUUUGCAAACCCGGAAGAGCCAUUGCCCCCCAUAGAAUGGACUCCAGAUACCCCGUUGAACUCCGUUGGCUUGCCAUAUUAUCGCGACGUGCUAGCUUCCGCCUGGCCAGAAGCUAUAUCCGAUAUAGGUGCCCCGCCGGCGAGACUGGAUCCGCAAUUCGUCAAUAGUUUGAAGCCGACCGAUUUCGGGUUAUACGGUCGAAACACUCGAAGCGCUCGCCGGAACCAAGCCGAAGACACACGCAAUGCCAAUCAAUCGGCCAACUCCGGCCUCAAAGCACCCAAAUUCUUGAGCGAGAAAGCUCGAGAGUCGGCGAAAUCUGACACGAAAGCCUCGGAGGAAAAGGCGGAAGACCUGACAGGUCCAUUGGGAGGGAGUGAGAUCGAAAGCAAGAGAUCCGAGGUCCCCAUGAUGUACCGCAAUGUCGAGAUCAAGUACAGCAAGUUCGGCGUGGACGACUUUGACUUUGGAUUCUACAACAAAACGCGUUAUUCCGGCUUGGAGAUUCACAUCUCCAACUCGUACGCCAACUCACUUCUUCAAAUCAUGAACUUCACCCCAUUGAUUCGAAACCUGGCGCUCCAACACGCGGCUAGCGCUUGUGUCAGCGAAUUGUGUCUGCUCUCUGCCCCACUAGGACUGCUCGAAGAGGACUCGCAUGGUUCCUCGUUGAACGUUAUGCUUCAAGGCCUCACUCGAUUCCUCCUGGACAGGAUCGUGCAAGAUUUCAGAAGCAUCUCCCCAUCGUCCAUUGCAAUGGAACAGAUUCUGGCAACGUCGGCUACUACCUCAAUCCGAUGCAUGAACUGCAGGAGUGAAUAUACCCGGCCUGGAUCGACAUUCGUCAACGAUUUACUCUAUCCUCCUCAUAAACCCCCUGGCCGCAACAACAAAAUGCCUCGCGUAACCUUCUCUCAGGUCCUUAAGAGCGGCGUUGAGAGAGAGACAACGUCCAAGGGGUGGUGUGGCCGUUGCCAACGCUAUCAGACCAUUGCUACCCGAAGAUCCGUACAUAGUAUUCCCGCAGUUCUGAUGCUGAACACGGCCAUUACGAAUCCGGAUCACCGAAUGCUUUGGUCAACCCCCGGUUGGCUGCCGGAAGAGAUUGGCAUUAUUGUCGACCAGGGACAGUUCUAUUGCUACGAGGGCGAAGACUUGAAGCUCCAUCUUCAGCGAGGCAUGCACAAUAUCACUGUCUACUCGCUCAUAGGCAUGGCGAUAAACAUUGAGAGCGGACAGACACAAAAGCCCCAUCUAGUCGCCAUGGUGAACACUGCGCAUGCUGAGCAGGAAUCACCUGGCCACAGCCAAUGGCACCUCUUCAACGAUUUCUUGGUUCGCUCUGUCAGCACCGAAGAAGCACUUACCUUCAAUACGUCUUGGAAAGUUCCUUCGGUCGUGGCCUAUCAAGUGAAACAAGCAAACAACAAGAUCGACAUGGAAUGGAGGACCCAUUUGGACACGUCCGUUCUCUACCAGGAUUUGAACCCCAACGUGGACCCAGAGACCAGGACCUAUGAGAUCCUGGAUCCGGCAACGGAGCCUCCUGGUCCCGAGAGCAUCAUAGCCCUGGACACAGAAUUCGUCGCGGUUCGACAGCCAGAAAUCGAAAUGAACUCCGAUGGCGAACGAGAAACGAUCCGGCCUAUAGUUUACGCCCUCGCCCGGGCCUCAGUGGUGCGCGGCCAAGGUGAGAGGGAAGGCCUGCCAUUUAUCGAUGACUAUAUUGCCAUCAAGGAGCCCAUUGUGGACUACCUCACGUCGUACUCUGGCAUUACAGAGCAGGACCUCGACCCGCGUGUCUCGAAACACAGCUUGUUGUCGCUCAAGAUAGCAUACAAGAAGCUGUGGGUCCUUCUGAACUUGGGUUGCAAGUUCUUGGGCCACGGCUUGAAACAGGAUUUCCGCGUCAUUAACAUACAUGUACCGAAGGCCCAAGUGAUCGACACGAUUGAUCUCUUCUUCCUCAAGUCACGACUCCGCAAACUGUCGCUCGCUUUCUUGGCAUGGUAUCUACUCAAAGAGGACAUUCAGCUCGAAACUCACGACUCCAUUGAAGACUCCCGCACCGCUCUCAAGCUGUAUAGGAAGUACCUUGAGUUUCAGGACGCGGGAAUCCUGGAGCCGAUGCUUCAGGACAUCUACCGCGCCGGAAGAGACGUCAACUUCAAACCUCCGAGGAAGGACGAUGUGGAUGUUCAGAGGACUGACACGCCGCCUCUACCAGUAGAGGGAAGUGUUGCGGGGACGCCGGGACCGUCAACGCCGGUGCGGAAGACCAUCGGCUUGGCCGCUCCACCGCAAGGCACAUCAGGAUUUGGCGGGGCGAGCUGGACACCAGGGAAAGGUUCACCGCUGCGGUAG